UGGACGCCACUGCUUAGGCUCAAGGAAGCAUAGGGUUAUUACAAUAACAGGCGAGUGGAAGACGCCGAGUGGGAGUGAGCAGGUUUCUGCUCCAGAAUUUUUGUUUUUCUGCCAGCAAAGUGACCAAGCAUAAAGAUGCUAAAUGAGUGAGGUCUUUCUAGAAAACCUUCACCUCUAGUUGUAGUUUUAGUCUUCAAUCAAGUUGAGCAAAGAGAAUAGGCAGCAUAGACACAUUACACUUGAUAAUCACUGGAAUGAUGGGAGUUCCUGCAUCCUGUGUGGUGGUGCUAACAUUCAUUCUUUACAGCCACAGUAUGAAAAUACAAAGUACUCUGCAUGUGUCUAAAAGGUCUCAGGAAAAUGUACUGAAUCCCAGUAAAUGUGUGUCCAGGACCAAUCAGCAGCAGAUAAUAGCAAACCCAUACAACUUCUCUGUGGAUCUUCGCAUGCCUGGUGUUAUCCCAACUGGGUCGGACACUUACCUUUGCAUGGCAUUUCCAGUUCCAACUAGGCAAGAUGCAUAUAUUGUGGACUUCAUACCUCUUGCCAGUAUGGACACAGUCCAUCACAUGCUGCUGUUUGGCUGUCAGACCCCUGUCUCCACCCACAGCUUUUGGGACUGUGGCAGUGUGCAAGGCACUUGUGAGGAUGAACCAGCAAUUAUGUAUGCCUGGGCUCGAAAUGCACCACCUACCAAAUUACCUAAAGAUGUUGGCUUCAAAGUUGGAAGAAGUUCAGGAAUGUCCUACUUUGUACUGCAGAUUCAUUACGGAGAUAUUAGUGCUUUCAAAGAUCACCAUAAAGAUUGCUCAGGACUUACUUUAAGAAUGACUUCUAGGCCGCAGCCAUUCAUUGCUGGCAUAUAUUUGCUCAUGUCUGUGGACACAGUUAUCCUUCCAGGAAAAAGAGUCACAGAUGCAGAUGUCGCAUGCGAUUAUACUUCAUAUCCAAUCUACCCAUUUGCCUUCAGGACCCACACACACCGCCUUGGUAAAGUGGUCAGUGGCUACAGAAUCCGAGAUGGGAAGUGGACCCUGAUUGGGAGACAAUCCCCUCAGCUACCACAGGCUUUCUAUCCUGCUAACAAGCAGGUGAAUGUGAAAUAUGGUGAUACCCUUGCUGCCAGAUGUGUGUUCACUGGUGAGGGCAAAACCUCAAAAACUUACAUUGGCGGUACAUCUGAUGAUGAAAUGUGCAACUUCUAUAUAAUGUAUUACAUGGACAGCAGACAUGCUAUCCCUUACAUGAACUGCAUGGAGAUGGGUUCUGAAGAGCUGUUCCAACAUAUUCCCACUGAGGCAAAUGUACCCAUUAAAGUCAGUCCAAGCCAUAUGAAUUCUGUGAUGCAUCUGGGACAAUCCACAGAUGAUCAUGACCACGCAGUUCUCCUGGAUACAAACAAACCAGAAACUGUGGAUCAGGACUACCAUUUUGAGCAAGUUUCAGCUUGGCCACAGAGUUCACUUCAGCUAGGACAGGUGUCAGGACUUGCUCUUGACUCAGAUUCUAACUUGGUCAUUUUCCACAGAGGUGACCACCACUGGGGAGCAGACUCUUUUAACAAUCAGGCAAGAUACCAGCAGAGGUCCCUAGGACCAAUUCAGCAGUCUGCCAUUUUAGUUGUGGAUCCAUCCAAGGGCAGUAUCUUGAAGGCUUCUGGCAGAAACAUGUUUUUUUUGCCUCAUGGAAUAACAACAGACAAAGAGAAUAAUUACUGGGUGACUGAUGUGGCUCUUCAUCAGGUGUUAAAAGUUAGCAGUGAUGGCAAAGACAGAACCUUGAUGGCAUUAGGAGAGGCCUUUAUACCAGGAAGUGACAACAACCAUUUCUGCCAGCCCACUGAUGUGGCAGUUGACACUGAAAGUGGGAACAUUUUUGUCUCUGAUGGUUACUGUAAUGCCAGGAUAAUAAAGUUCUCUGCUGAUGGCAAAUACCUGUCUGAGUGGGGUGCAGGCUCAUCAGACAGGAGAAGGCGAAUACCUUUUCAGAUUCCCCACAGCCUGGUGUUACUUCCUGACAAAAAGGAAAUUUGUGUGGCAGACCGAGAGAAUGGACGCAUCCAGUGCUUUAUAGCAGAAACUGGAGAGUUUGUCAAGGAAAUUAAGAAAGAUGAAUUUGGAGGGGAAGUGUUUGCGGUCUCCUACAGCCCUACCGGGGAUGGCUUGAUUUUUGCAGUAAAUGGGGAAUCGCUAUCUCGUCCAGUUCCAAUUAGAGGUUUUGUUAUAGAUUAUUCAACCAAGGAUAUUUUGGACACCUUUAGCCCUAACAAAAAGGAGUUCAAAAUGCCUCACGAUAUAGCUGAAACUAGGGAUGGCAGUGUUUUUGUUGGGGAUGCCAGCAGCAAGUCCGUCUACAAGUUUACAACAGAGAAGUUGCAUCAUUCUGUCAAGAAAGCUGGAAUCGAGGUUCAAGAACUUGAAGAAAUGGACGCCGUUGUCCAAACUAAGGUAAAGCAAGACACAUCAAAGACCGCAGCCAUCCAAGAGAAGCAAACUGUGGUCCAAAAAACUCAACCACAGUUAGAGGCAGACAAAGAGAGGAAGAGUCCAGCAAAGCCUAACAAAGGAGAGCGUGUACUCCCAGUCAUCAUCACCACCCUGCUGCUCAUUCCUCUGGUUGUUGUGAUCUCCAUAGGAGUCUUCAUUUCCUGGAGGAAAUACAAUCAACGUGAGGUCAAAGCUGAACCCAGCUCGGUGAGAGGCAUUUUGGGCAAAAUAAGGGGUAAAGCAGUGGGCAGUCUGAAUCUGGGAAACUUCUUUCCAUCCCAUAAGGGUUAUAGUCGUCAGGGCUUUGACCAGCUGAGUACUGAAGGCAGUGACCAAGAGAGAAAUGAUGAGGACAGCAGCGACUCUGAAAAUGAGGAGUACUCUGCUCUGCCGCCGCCUCAGUCCUCCUCUUAGAUGUUCUGGGGCCAACUGCAAACCUUCUGCCAACCUUCUGCUAAAAUCGCUGAUGUAGUUAUUCAUCACAUGUGUAACUGUUGUACCAGCUGCCAAUGUGUGUGUGUGUGUGUUAUUGUAUGUAAAAAAAAUAUUUUGAUAAGUUAUUUAUUUAAUUCAGCUAUGGUAUUCAUACAUUCUCUGGCAUAAUCUACUCAUGUCACAGUGUCACUCAUUUCAUUUCCCCAAAUCAAACCUGCUUUUACUGAGAUUAUUAACAAUAUUUUGAAAUAUCUGGAGUUGGUUUUGGCCUUAAAAUAACAAUGCAAAUCUGUUAAAAGAAUGAGAUCAUUUCCCCUUCAGCUGUUAAAGGCUGAUGUUGGAUUGCUGUCCGCCUUCAAAGUCAGUGUUUUUUUUAACAUACAUUCCCUUUGUUUUAUUAAUUAAUUAACAGGAUUCAUCUUGAUGGUGAUUAAUCAGCCUCCAACUGUCCUGCACUGUAAUGUAGCUCUCACUCUAGUCAUUAUGGACUUGGCUUCCUCGUCAACUAUAUUCUUGCUGUUCAUGGCAAAAAAAAUACUCUUAUGAAUUCUGUUAUUUUUCUGUUUUUCAAGUUUUUAGCAAAAGUGGCAUUUCAUGUGAUAUUGUGUGAUUUAAAGUGUGAAAUAGAGAAAUAUUGUCAAUUCUUUUUUUUUUUUCGGUUUUAUUUAUACAGCACCAAAUCACAACAACAGUUGAUGAAAUGUUUGUAAUAAUACGCAAGACCAGACAGACACUACACAGGAUGCAUUUAAAUAUCACACUCACUUGAAUGAAAAUUGCUUGUUUGGUGAAACCCACUGCAUAUGAGAUUUGAUGAGAAAAAAUUUUUUUUAAUCCUGUAUUUUGGAAAUUCUUUUUUUACAGUCACUGAAAUCACUAACUAUAAUUAUAAUGAUGUAUGGUCAGACAUAUAUAUUGUGUUAUAGAUUUCCUAUAUCUGUUCUUGUAGCAGCAGAGCUAAAUCUGUUUGUUAGAGUAGCUGGUGCAGUGAGUGGUCAGGAUGAUCCAUAAUGGACAAUGGUGACAACCUGUCCACCAAUGCUGCAAAUGUUUGCAGACAAUCACACAGCCAGCCUCUCUAAUCAGUUUAUUCAGUCUGUUGGUCACUAUAUGAUGAUGUGAUGAUAUCACUUAAUAAAUUACUUGUUCAUAAAA